GAAGGAGGAGAAAUGCCGGUUCGAGGAGUCCACAAAUCAGUUGUGCCUGAGCUAGCCGCAACGGCAGAAAAUAAAGAAAACUAUUCUUCUGGGCAGCACAAUGCUUUGGAUGAAAUUAUUGCUGAAUUGGCGAAAGCUAAUGCCCCGAAUGUCCAAAAUGUACGACGUUUUGGAAAAAUCGUUCAGACGCAGAACCGAGAGGAUCUUCAGGAUCCUUGGUGUGUUAGCUCGAUGCGGAGCAGUUCUCAAACGUUACAAUAUGAUAACGAGAACUACAAGAAUGCUCUACUGUCGCAGCUCUGUGUAUUGCUCCGUGUGGAUUCGCUGAAGGGGAUUCUUGAUUACGAUUUCAGUGGCGCAGAUGUCCGUUGGAACUGUGAGCAUACGGGACCGAAAGGGAUUGUUCGGGUACCGCCAGAUCAAGAUUAUCUCACAAAUCACUUAAUCACAAUGAUGCGGUAUCUUUCGCGAUGGCCUUUCGAGGCACAGUUUUCUGAGCCAGCACGUGUGCCCUAUGAAGGUUUCGAGCUGAACGUUUUCAAAAGUGUCUGCGAGCAAUUCGACAAAGAUUGUCCGAUGAUACCCAGCUGUAUCGCAUUGUCAGUGCUUCACAUCGUACGAUUGUUUCGAAGAAGGAUUUUCUUCAGAAAGAGUCCGCCUAAGAUGCAAAAGGAGACUGUGUUUGGCACCAGCAGUUCACCGGUUACACGCUAUGUGCCGAAGCCAACUACCGCAUUACUACAGACCAGAAACAGAAAAGAUGGGCUACCUUCAUCAUCGGCAUCAGCGCAAUUCUCACGUGAAGCAGACCAUGCCACGUCACCGCACAAUGCAACCCGGUCAACGGAACCGCUGUUUUUAGCCGGAAGAAUGGCUUACGAAGCAGUCCUCUCUCGAUUACCGGGUUUGCAGCGAAGUCCUGAACUGAUGGAGCGCAUCGAAGAACUGGCGUUAGCAAACACGCUUAUGCCACGCUCGAGUACACCACGCUUGUCCGAUUCUUCUCAGCUAUUGGCAGGUCAGUGCUGUAAUGAAUGCAUCGGCAGCGACGACGAGAAGUUGCUGAAGAAGGCGAUUGCUUUAGUGAUGUUAACGCUAGAGCCGCGUGUUCGCCGUCGACUGCAUUAUUUGCUCCGUUUUAUGCUCCGUGUCAGCCGAAAUCACUGUCUGCGAAUGGAUCAACAACAGGACAAUCGUACACUUGUUCUUGGCAGCCUUGCAGAUAAGAUUGUUGGGCCUUUGGAUGGAGUAAGUGCGUCAGAUUGUCGGCAGUUAGUCAUUUUUUUGAUGGACAACGAGAGUGAUGUGUUUACUGUACCGGGCACUCUUAUCUCGGAAAUGAAGUCGUUGCAACGUGAGGUGUCAAAUUUGGUUUUCUUUCAUAUUAUUUUAAGGGCCUCGAAAAACCCACUGAUCGGGCAUCAGCCUGCCGUUGAUACACAGCCGUCCAGUACGGAGCGCAUCAAAACACACUACUGUGAACCAAUCCAGGCAGAUGAGUACGAGUCUCAGAAGAAAGACGUUGACAGCCAUCUGUUUGCUCUUCUCGAAAACAUCCUUACCAGCGAAAGCUUAUCGGCCCAGGACAAAAAAAGGCGUCUCAAACAGUUCAAGAACACGUACCCGGAGAUUUAUGCACGAAAAUUUCCGGCUUCUGAGCAGUCAAAACCUGGACUACUCGAACGAUUAAGAAGUUUUCGAUUGUAG